ACUGUGUUUGUUGGAAAGAACAAGCCACAGAAAGAUCCCCUGAGCUCCUUCCGCUGGCAGGGCUUCAAGCUGGAAGAAUAUCGCAUUGGCCAACCCAUCGGGAAGGGCUGCAGCGCCGCUGUGUACGAAGCAGCUAUUUCUUUCUGUCGCGAUCGUCGGGAGCGUGCGGAGAGCAGCCGUCUGGCAGGGCCGGGGCCGGCCGUGCAGCGGGAUCGUAGCUCGGCUUCGCAGGCGGCUGAAGAGGAGUCUGUAGAGAAACACCAACCGCAAGCGGCUUUUCCGUUAGCUAUCAAAAUGAUGUGGAACAUUUCGGCUGGUUCGUCAAGUGAAGCCAUCCUCGACGCUAUGGGCCGAGAGCUUGUGCCAGCCACGGGGGUUGCCUUAGCCGGAGAGUACGGAGCUGUCUCUGGCCGCAGAAAAACGGUCCUUGGGAAGAAGAAGUUGCAACCUCAUCCGAAUAUAAUCCGGGUGAUCCGAGCGUUCACAUCCUCCGUCCCUUUGCUGCCCGGAGCCUUCGCAGACUAUCCCGACGUUCUUCCGUUAAGCCUGAAUCCCAGAGGGAUUGGUCACAGCCGCACGCUCUUCUUGGUGAUGAAGAAUUAUCCGUGCACCCUGCGCCAGUAUCUGAGGGAGAGCAGUCCGGACGUUUGUCUCUCCACGAUGAUGAUUUUACAGCUUUUGGAAGGCGUGGAUCAUCUCGUUCGACACGGAAUAGCGCACAGAGACCUGAAGUCUGACAACGUCUUGGUUGAAUUUGAUUCUGCCGGCUGCCCCUGGCUGGUGAUCACCGACUUCGGUUGCUGUUUGGCAGAUGAAAACGUCGGCUUGAGACUGCCUUUCACCAGCUCUUACGUGGAUCGGGGUGGCAACGGCUGUCUUAUGGCACCCGAGGUGAUCACAGCGUCGCCUGGUCCAGGCACGGUGAUCAACUACAGUAAAGCCGACGCUUGGGCUGUUGGAGCGAUCGCCUAUGAAAUCCUUGGCCUGGCCAAUCCUUUCUACGGCCAUGGGGACUCGACGCUGGAAAGCAGAAGUUACCGUGAAGACCAGCUGCCAAGCCUGCCCGAUCGCGUGCCCCUUGAGGUGAAGCAAGUGGUAAAGAUGCUACUUCAGCGGGAUCCCGACAAGAGAUUGUCUGCUAGAGUUGCUGCUAACGUGCUUCACCUGAGCCUCUGGGGUGAAAGCGUUCUAGCGUCCAAGACCCUGAAACCCGACCAGAUGAUCACCUGGCUUCUCUGCCAGGCUGCGGCCGCUUUGCUCAUGGACGGGCUGGUGGAUAAAAGCCGGGUAGAAACCAAAAUGAAGAUGUGCUUUUUGGCGAACCUCGAGUAUGAAGACCUCUGGGCAGCAAUGCUCCUGCUGCUGGCCUGGAGAAGCCGGUCUGGGUGAAGGCUACCAUCUGGGACGCGACCGUGCGAUAGAUAAAUGGCACUUUCGAAAGGCACAUAGGAAUCUUUUCUGUCUGCCGGGAAUCCUGUA